UGAAUUUCUUCCUUUUAAUCUCCCCUAAUGCCUUAGUUAAUUAUUGUCAUUGUUCUGACUCCCCAUUUCUCAACUGAACCAGUCAGAGGAGGCUGGAUAUCUGCAGGACUUAAUCUAAGACCACAAACAACCCUAAUCCAUCUGAAAAGGCAAAAAUAAGACAAAAGAAUAAAAGGAAUUACUAACAAUUUCCUGGCAACCCUUUAAUCUACUGGAUUGCUGACUGGACAUAGACCGGGAUGAGGGAUAUGAAGGGUCUGGAAGAUUUCUCAAGUUGAUUGUCACAGGAAAGCUGGCUGAGGGGAGGAGGAAGCAGGAAGACAGUUACCUGGCAUCUCAGUGAGCCUUAGAAUGGUGGUGUUUCUCCCCUGGCUCUCCAUUAUUCUAUGGCUAGAAAACACAAAAGCUCAACUUGAAGAUGAAGGCAAUUUCUACUCGGAAAAUGUCAGUCGGAUUCUUGACAACCUGCUGGAAGGCUAUGACAACCGUCUGAGACCAGGAUUUGGAGGUGCUGUCACAGAAGUCAAAACAGACAUCUAUGUGACCAGCUUUGGGCCUGUGUCAGAUGUGGAGAUGGAGUAUACAAUGGAUGUUUUCUUCCGCCAGACUUGGACGGAUGAGAGGUUGAAGUUUAGGGGUCCUGCUGAGAUCCUGAGCUUAAAUAACUUGAUGGUCAGUAAGAUCUGGACGCCUGACACUUUUUUCAGGAACGGGAAAAAGUCAAUUGCUCACAACAUGACCACCCCUAACAAGCUCUUCCGAUUAAUGCAGAACGGAACAAUCCUGUACACCAUGAGGCUUACUAUCAAUGCUGAUUGUCCCAUGAGACUGGUUAACUUCCCUAUGGAUGGACACGCUUGCCCACUCAAGUUUGGAAGCUAUGCUUACCCAAAAAGUGAAAUCAUAUACACAUGGAAAAAAGGGCCGCUUUACUCGGUCGAAGUCCCCGAGGAAUCCUCGAGCCUCCUCCAGUAUGAUUUGAUUGGGCAAACAGUUUCUAGUGAGACAAUUAAGUCUAACACAGGUGAAUACGUAAUCAUGACAGUCUACUUCCACUUACAAAGGAAGAUGGGCUACUUCAUGAUCCAGAUAUACACUCCGUGCAUUAUGACGGUCAUUCUCUCUCAGGUGUCCUUCUGGAUUAAUAAGGAGUCGGUCCCAGCAAGAACCGUCUUUGGAAUCACCACUGUUUUAACCAUGACCACCUUAAGCAUCAGUGCCCGGCACUCCCUGCCCAAAGUGUCCUAUGCAACCGCCAUGGAUUGGUUCAUAGCCGUGUGUUUUGCUUUUGUCUUUUCUGCUCUCAUUGAGUUCGCAGCUGUCAACUACUUCACCAAUCUCCAGUCACAGAAGGCUGAAAGGAAGGCACAUACUCCAGCUCCGCCCCCUGUGGCUAUAUCAAAAGCCACUGAACCACGGGAAGCUGAGAUUGUUGUGUAUUCUGACUCCAAAUACCACCUGAAGAAGAGGAUCAGCUCCCUGACUUUGCCGAUCGUUCCAUCUUCUGAGGCCAGCAAAGUCCUCAGCAGAACACCCAUCUUACAAUCAACGCCUGUCCCUCCCCCUCCACGCUUACCAGCUGGUGGGGGCUCUAGCAAAAUAGACCAGUAUUCUCGAAUCCUCUUCCCAGUAGCAUUUGCAGGAUUCAAUCUUGUGUACUGGAUAGUUUACCUUUCCAAAGACACAAUGGAAGUGAGCGGUAGUGUUGAAUAGUUUGUAGCCAGGACAACCUGGAUGCUGCAGUUUCUCAUUUUCCUCACUGACAGCAACACAAAUUAUUGAGAUUUGUAUAGAUAGUCUCCUUUCAGAUAUGAAGUGAAAGCUGAAUACCUGUAAUUCAUAAUGCGGAAUAAGCAUGUAUGGGCCCAAAACAAUGAUGUUACUCUUCAAAAUUGAAUUAAAAGGCUACUGAGAAUAUGGCUUUUCUAUGCAAUAAAAUAAUUAAUAAUAAUAAUGUAUACAGAUAAGGUAGAUUCAGGGUGAUAUUGCCAGCCUUUAUUUUCAUUGGUCAAUAUUUUUAAUUGUCACUCUGAAUAACAUUUUCCACAAGGCAGACAAACUCAAACAUGCUAAAGCUUGCCUUAAAGUUGUUUAUUUUGGCUUAGUUUCUAGUCUAAAUAUUUAUUGGUACAUUUACUCAGCAUGCUGGAGGCUUUUAUGGUUUUACAAGAACUUUCAGUGGCAUUGGACAGCUUAUAUUGAGUUAGGCAGUUCUUUUUAACCUUGCUGUGUUCUGUUACCUCAAUAAAAUGUGGCACUAUAUACAUAUAAAUAAUACAUAGUUUAUAAAUUAUGUAUGCAUAUGUACAUAGCUUUAGUUUUGCUGCAAUACUGUUCCUACUUCCCACUGAAUUCACCUUUAAAAUAAUAUGUUUGCUACAACACCAGGAGGUUUUAGGAAGGUCACUUUGUGUAUGAUGACUGUAUAUUCUGAUACGGUUACCACUCACUCAUAUGUUCCACUUUCCUAAAUAUAAUAUUAAAUAAAAUUAUAACAAGCCUGCAUCUUUGGUUCUGAUUCAUAAAGUUGGAGAGACAAGUUUUCUUAGGUAC